UUGUGAAUUGAACACGGCAUACAAAUCCAGUCUGUAAGGAACACGGACACAUCCAGGUCAGGUAUGGAUAGAUCGAGCCAAGUCGACAGCCAAGCGGCAGUCCGGCAUUAUCCUGAACCUUCCGUUCGUUCGGAAGCUUUCGGUUAAUAAAGCCGUGCGAUCUAAUACCGCCUGUCUAAAUCCGGAGCCCAACGCGAUCAAGCAGAUAAGCCACACGUGAUGCAUGCGGUGCUGCACGUCGACGUGGCCGGCCGCGCCCUGGCCGUGGUGGAGCGCGACGGCGCGCACGACCCGGCCACGGGGCGCGCGCUCACCGGCUCCUGGCUCUGGGACUCCGCCGUCGUCCUCGCCACCCACCUUGCCUCGGCCAGACCCGGGACGAUCCACGGCGCCACCGUUCUCGAGCUCGGCGCCGGCACCGGCCUCCCGGGCAUCGCGGCCGUCGCGUGCCUCGGCGCCGCGCGCUGCGUGCUCACGGACGUGGGGCCGCUCCUGCCGGGCCUCAGGGCCAACGCCGAGGCCAACGGUCUCACGACCGCGCAGGCGGACGUGCGAGAGCUGCGCUGGGGCGAGGACGCCGACCUGCCCGAUUGCGAGCUCCUGCGCGUGGACGUGGUGCUCAUGUCCGACGUGUUCUAUGAUCCGGAGGAGAUGCCGGCGAUGGCAGCCACGUUGCGCAGGCUGUGGCGGGACGGCACGGUGGGGUGGGCGGCCAGCGAGGUGCGGUGUGGCGUGCAGGAUUGCGUGGACGUGCUGCGGGAGCACGGCUUCGAUGUGGCCGAGGUCGACAGGGUCACCAGGCCGCUGCUGCGCGACCCCACACAGGCCUCCGACUUCGCCGUCUACCGCGUCGAACUCUGGCGGCCUCAUUAGGGUUUUCUCUUUUUUUUCUUCUUUUUUUUCGGCAAUCAAGAGAGCUUUAUUAAAUCACAGCAGACCUAGGACAAUCAGCCAUCAAGCUGGUCACUAGGAAGUUAGGUAUCACAUCAAGCCAGCAUUCGGUCAUAUUCAAUGUGCAAGUAUGUUUAGCACAUAGAUGAGCCGAAACAUUAGCCGAACAAUUUAUAUG